AUGAACAUUCAGGCUCUGUCCUUCGCCGGUGCAGCGUUGGUUGCCGGUGGCUCCUAUAUCAAUGCCAGGUACGGUAUCGAAACAGAUAUUCGCGAGAUUAAGCGUGAAAAAAAUGGUGUAAAACGAUUGCUUGAGAACUUCUCGCAGUUGGGAGAAAGCUGUACAAUAUACAGUGUGUUUUCGAGAGCCGAUCUGACAUCUGAUGCCUUGUGGUUUGAGGGUCAAACAUGGACAUUUGGGCAGUUGAAACAUGAGGUUGACAGACUUUCGUCUUUCUUGCAUGAGAAAGGAGUCGAGACAGGUGACUUCAUUGGAGUUUUCAUGUCGAAUUCCCCAGAAAUGGUUAUGACUAUUCUCGCGCUUCAAAAACUCGGCGCUGUUGCCGCAUUAAUAAAUACCAAUUUGAGAGAUGGUCCAUUGAACCACUGUUUAAGUGUAUCAAAUUGCAGUCUGGUUCUUUCUACGCCAGAACUAUCCGAUGCCUUGACUUGCUCUUCACCACAUUUCUCUCUGAACUUUGUCGCUUUUCCAAAUACGCCUGCACCUAAGAAUCCCGGUAUCACCUUGGUUACGCCUUCAGACCUCCCAACGACGCCGACCGCACUCCCGACUGCUAAACGUUCUCUGAAAGAUCUUGCAUGUCUGAUAUAUACCUCUGGAACAACGGGCAAGCCCAAAGCUUGUGCAAUACGCAAUGCACAAAUGAUCACCACGGGCACAAUGCAUUCCCAUGAUUACGCAAAACCUCGAAAAUAUUUCCCCUUACGCACUUACUCUGCUCUGCCACUUUUUCACGGAACCUGUCUUUUUACCGGAUUUUGCUACUCGUUUGGAAAUGGGUCGUGUUUCGUCCUGGCGAGGAAGUUCUCAGCAUCACGAUUCUUCAAAGACGUAACUGAAUCUCGUGCUACAAGGAUUCUGUACGUGGGUGAGUUGUGCAGGUAUUUGGUCAAUUCGCCACCAAGUCCGUAUGAUAAGAGCCACAAUUGCAUAGUAGCUAAUGGCAACGGCAUGCGUCCGGAGAUUUGGGAGAGGUUUAAGGAUCGCUUUGGCAUUCCAGAAAUAAGGGAGUUUUACCGUUCGACUGAGGGACUGGGGAAGUUCGAUAACUUCGGCUUCGGUGCAUGGGGUGCAGGAAGGCUUGCAUAUGGCGGUCCGAUCAGAAGGUGGUAUGAAAACGAUACUUUCAUUGUCAAAUUCGACACGGUAACUGAGCUACCCUACCGGGAUCCAAAAACAGGAUUUUGUGUAAAAUGCAAGUUGGGAGAGGCUGGUGAAGUUAUUGGGCGGGUGAAAGACCGAGGUCUGCUCACGGAGUAUUUGGGGAACUCAUCAGCAACCGAAGAAAAGCUCAUUACGGAUGUGUUCGUGAAGGGUGAUCUAUUUCAAAAAAUGGGCGAUCUCGUGAUCCAGGACAGCGAUGGGUGGGUACAUUUCCAUGACCGCAUUGGUGAUACUUUCAGAUGGAAGGGAGAAAACGUUAGUGCAGGCGAGGUAAGAGACCAUAUUGCGGCAUUGUCGGGAGUGGAGGAUGUCGUUGUGUACGGAGUUGCCUUGAAUGGAUAUGAUGGGAAAGCAGGAGCAGCAGCCAUCACAUUAUUGAACGGCGACGAGACGAAGUUCAUGAAAAAAUUGUAUGGAUCUCUAAGGAAGACUGGCCUCCCCGUUUACGCAAUCCCGCGGCUGGUCCGAAUUACGAAAGAAAUCUCAACUGGUGUAACAUUCAAACAAGCCAAAGGUGAUUUAUUGAAAAAGUCUUGGAUUGAGGGCGAGGGCGGAGAUCGUGAUGCUCUCUAUUGGCUUAAUGGAGAACGGUUUGAGAGGCUGACAGAAGAUGCGUGGGCCGUUAUUGCUCAAGGAAAAGCAAAACUGUAA